AAAACUACCAUACUACCUCUUUCUCUUUCAUCCUUUGAUAACAACAUACUUAUUAUUUAUAACAUUAACAUCUCCAUCAUAAAGAUAUAAAAUCAUCACAAACCAUCUCCAUCAUUAAAAAAAAAAUAAAAAACAUCACAAAUUAAAAAAAAAAAAAAGCAAGAAUAAAAGUCAACAUGGUUGAAAUUCCCUCCAAUUUCAUCACCAAACCAAACCCCCAAAAACCUCAUUCUACCCUACCUUCCUCCUCAAGGGCCCCCCCCCCCCAAACACAACCUUUACCCUUUAUUAUUCUUUCCUUCCUACUACUUACUUCCUCCAUUCUCAUCUCAUCUAACCAAAAAAAAUUCUCUUUUCAAAAAACCCCAUUUUCUCUCUCCUCUCUCCUACAAUCAUUCACAUGAAAAAAAUGCCUCAAGUUGAUCUCACCUCAGUUUGCGCCGGCGUAACCCACGACAACAAAGUCGCCUGCGAAACUCUCGCCGGAGAUUCCUUCACCGGCGACGAAGAAGAAGAAUCUCCGGCGCCGGCGGAAACACAAAAUCCCGAUUAUGCCCCUGAAUCUUUCUGGCUAUCUAAAGACGCUGAGCUUGAUUGGUUAGACAGAAACGCUUUCCUUGAUAGGAAAGAUUCCGGCAAAGGGUCUAAUAGUAAUUCAACUAAUUUAAACCCGGUUCACAUUUCCGCCGGUUCACAGCGUUAUUCGACGAAUUUAAAGUCGUCGAAAGCGUCACUUAUUGCGCUACCGAAACCACAGAAGCAGAAUUACGCCGAAGUUAAGAACCGGAGACAUUAUAAGCCUUCGAGUAUACGUUUGUUUCCGAAACGGUCUGAUUCGGUUGGGAGAAAACCGGUUGUUGCGUUGUCUGAACCGGGUUCACCUAAGGUUUCUUGUAUGGGCCGGGUUCGGUCUAGAAAGGAUAGGAAUAGGCGAGGGAAGAAUCGGAGUAAUAAUAAUAAUAAUAAGAAGGUUAAUGAACCGGGUUUGGUUAGGAAUAAGAGUGUUGUAAAAGAUAGGCGUAGCGGGUUUUGGAAAAAUAUUCGGUCUAUUUUUCGGUUGAAAGGGAGUAAAAUGGGUGGUAAAGCGGACGAGGAGUUUGAGGGUAAUGUGAAUAAAAGUUCGAGUUUAAAGAAAAAACGCGGGUUUAAUAACUUUAAUUCCAAUAAUGACGUUGGUGUUGGUGGUUUAAGUGAGGAGGUUGGUUCGGUUGGACCGCCCGGGUUGGGUGGAAUGAAACGGUUUGCGUCGGGCCGGAAAUCAGAUGGUUGGGCCGGUGACGUGGAAUUUGACGGUGCGAAAUCUGAACCGUUGGAUCCACGUGGUCCAAUCUGGCGGCGUAGAGAGGCGGGCCCACCUGUAGAGAUCGAGGUAGAUCGUGAUUGGCGGGUUGUGGGACCCAUUUCUGUAUGAUGUGUUGGAAGGUAAGUGGGUCCCACUUUUAAACUGUUUAUUUAGGUUAUAUGUAUACAUUGUCAAAAUUUCAUAAGUUUAGAAUUUUUUUUUUAUUGGGUCUUUUUUGACAUUUUGUGUGUCUUGUUUCAACUUCAGUCUUCUUCACAUUUGAGUUUUUUUUUUUUUUCUUUUUUAAUGUUUAUACUUUAGGUGUUAGGUUUUUUUUUUUUUUUUAAUGCGAGAAGGUGGAAGAAUUUUGAUAUAGUACAAUGUAAAUACAAUUGUUAUUUUAUGUGAAUUGAUGAACUAUCCAUUAUUCCA